ACGUUCACCCACCUGUAGCCUGCAGGCGCUCCAAGCAGUUAGUCGAAGAAAGUUACCCAGGCGGCAGAUUUUUCAUGUCUCACAGUAGAUUUGCCUCACUCGUUGCCUUCGUUUACCAUUCUUACUAGGAACCUAAAGUUGGACACGGGACAUAAUGCCAUUACUGUAUCAACUUAUCGUCUUGUGUUGGCUCCUUGGGAAAGCAUUCAUCACUGUAGCUCAGACCUCACCAGACCCCUCCGCUGUAGCCACCUCCAUUGGGGACGGUAGUCCCUCUGACGUCACCCUGACAUCAGCUGUAGCGACCCCCAGCUUUGAAGGCAGCGCAGACAGCUCAGGCAACCACAACUCGGGCGAUUUUUCUGGAUCAGGAGAAUCCUCCGGCGAUGUCAUUACCACCCCUACCUCCUCAGUCUCAGUCCCACCCCAAUCCACAACUUUAACCUCAUCUGCUGCCACAGAAAGUCCUUACAACACCACGCACCGAUGCACAACCCUUACCCGGGCAACCAGUCAGAGUGUACAAGAAGAUGACACCACCAUCGCCAUAGGGGCCACUGAAGAGGGCCCUACCGUCCCCAUAGAGCUCAAUGACAUGCCCACUGCUGUGAUGUCAUCAGCUGCAGCAACAACCUUCGGUGACCUCGCUGGUUUUUCUGGUUCCACUUUAGGACAGACAGACAUGACAUCUGAACCCACAACAUCUCCCACAGAGGCUACCGAGACACCAUCAUCUUCUACCUCAGAACAGUCUGACAUGUCAUUUGAUCCCACAACAGCCCCCAUUUCCGAGCUUGAAGGAAGCACUCCCACAGAGGUCACUGACAUGUCCACUGCUGAGACGUUAUCGUCAGCAUCAGCCAUCAGUGAUUCUGUUGAGGGCUCUGGUUCCACCUCAGCACAGGCGGACAUGAUAUCUGAGCCCACAGCAACCUCAGUGUCCAAACUGGAAGGUAGUACUCCUACAGAGGUUACUGACGUGUCCACUCUCGAGACAUUGCCAGUCACUGACAUGUCCUCUGCUUUGACGGCAUCAUCAGCACCAGUCAGCGAUAGCCUUGUUGAGUUUACUGGUUCCACCUUAGCACAGACAGGCAUGACAUCUGAACCCACAACAGCCAUGUCUGAACUAGAUGGAAGUACAACUACUGAAAUUUCCAUGCCAUCUGAAACGCCAUUAUCAGCAUCAGCCACCGUUGACAUUGUUGACACGACAUCUGAGCCCACAACAUCCUCCAUGCCCGAACCAGAGCACAGCACUGCAACUAGUUUGGAAACUUCGACAGCCAUGACCGCCGCCGCCGCCUCUUCUUCGACUACUGCAGGCACCACAGUGGACGCUGAGGGAUCGGCCACCAUGGAGUCGUCGUCGACUGACACACCAACGACCGUUCCAGAUAGCCUGACAGAGCUUACCACUGUCCCGGAGCUGGACACGACCGCUGCCGGUGCCACAGAAAGUGCUCCAGAGACCAGCUACAGCAUCACCUCCAGCUCCACCUCCACCUCCAUGGAGACAGGGAGCACGGAGUGGAGCACCACCACAGAUGGCGAUCAAUCUGAUUUUACAGUCACUGGUGGAGUGACUGAAGUGAGCGAAACAACCAUGGGAACAUCUUCUGCUGCUGAAACCACCACAUUGUUUCCUGGCACCUCAGUAACCUCCAGCGCCAGCAUGGCCACCACUACCAUCCAGCCGACAACGGAAAGCUCGACCCUACCCCUAACCACACCCAGUACCACUACCCUCGAGCCGACUACGGACAGCUCGACCACUCCCAGUACCGCUACCAGUAGGAGCUCAAUUACAGAGGUGUCAUCUGCUGAGACCACCACAACGGUGACUGACACAACAGGAAGUGAAACCACCGAAAGUGAGACUACAGCUGUCCCAUCAUCUGAGGGUACAACCAUCAGGUCAACAGAGUCAAUUGGGUCUGUCACCACGCCAACGACAACUACUGUCAUGCCCACAUCUUCAACAAAUGGAUCAAUAGCAGAUCCCUGUUCCUUGUGUCCACCCGGCAGUUUUUGUGUGAACUCCACUUGUCAGUGUUUGACGGGUACCUACCUAGUGGAAGGCAACCCUUCAGUCUGCAUGGAAGCACGCGUUUUCCCUGGGAAAUUGCGAGUAGACAGACAGUUUGAGCCUGAAAUGGCUGACCAGUCAAGCCAGAAGUUCAAAAGCAUUGCAAAGGAAAUCAGACAAGCCUUAAAGACAGCGCUAGACAAACAGGCUGGCUAUAUCGAAUCCAUAGUACUCAGUCUGAGAAAGGGCAGUGUGGUUGCUAUUGUUGAAAACAUAUUUAACAUAGAAUCUAAUGCCACAGAGAACGGUACCACAUUUGCCAUACAUGAGGCUAUUGACAACUGUGAUAACUGUGGAUCCAUUCUAGCCAAAGCAAUGUAUUGGGAGCGUCCUCUGUGUCCUUCGCCCUCUGCUGAUCCCUCUAUCCCCAGCGCAUGCGACCCCGAGACUUCUGUGUGUAGUGCGCAGGGUGGGAUAGUCAAUUGCUCCUGUAAGGCAGGCUACGUCAAUAACAUCUACCACACCAAGUCCUGCCAAGCCUGUCCCAGUGGCCAGAAGGCAGAAGGAGGGAUAUGUGUUUGGUGUCCCUUUGGAUAUGGUGGCUUCAACUGUGACGACUCAUCUCUGCUGGCGGUGGUGGUGAUCUCCUGUGUGCUGGGAGGGGUCCUGCUCAUCCUCAUCCUCGCCCUCCUCCUCUACCACCUCAUCAUGUGCAGGAAAGACCGCGUGAAGCAGCCGAAGACGUGCAGGAGCCCCUACUCCCCGGACGACUUCCGUAGCUCGUGGCCCACACAGGGCGUGAUGCCACUGCCCCGCGCCAUCCCGGAGACCAGCCCCAGCCCCGAGACCAGCCUGGAGAUGAUGGAGGGGGGCAGCACCCACUCCCUUGUCUCCAAGAGGGGUACCAAUGGCUUGAUACCCUUAAAGAAGAUCGGUCGUAAGACGGGCUCGUAUGACGUCACACCUGUGGAUAACCUGGGCACCUUUAAAGGCCAAUCGGCAUCACGCUACUCGUACCUGGUCCAGGGCCACGAGAACCCUUACUUCCUCCCCGGAGACGACAACAGGAGCACAUGGGAUGAACGGACGAUGAUGGAGAGAGCAGAGAACAACUCCACCUAGAGGAGGGAUGGCAGAAGGACUGAAUGGUGGGGAUGUGUGAACUGAAGGGUGGUGGGAUUAUGGACGGGGAGAGAGAGAGAGAGAGAGAGAGAGAGAGCGAGAGAAGAAGAAGAAGAUGAAGAAGAAGAGGAAGAAGAAGAAAGUGAGAGGGAGAGAAAGAAAGUGUGAGUGAGAGAUGUGGGAGGAGAGGAGAAUUAAUAGCCACAAUAAUAAAGCCAUGGAUCAAAUGUCUGUAGAGGGCGGCACACCCUCCCAAAACACGGUAUUUGUACAAUGGGUGUGGGUUGGGGUGUGAGCAUUCUUAUGGGUGUUUGUGUGCAUGUCACUACAAAGUUGUAGUUGAGAUUUGUAAUUAAUUGCUCUU